UCUUUUCCUUAUUUCCAGAUAUAUACAUACUGUUAAUAGAUUUUUUUUAUAUGUAUGUUAUAUAUAUCUCUUACUACUAUUGGACCUUUGCUUGCGAAUUCAAAAGAAGACUUUAUAAACUUGGCAAGUCCAAGGUUCCCAGUGAGUGAAUGUGCAUCCUGAAGAAAUAAUUUGGUGCAAUUCCUAAUGGUCCAUGGUUACCACAUUGUGCUUACUUAUGGAUGGAGGACAGGAGCAUCUCUGUGAAUCACAGGUAGGUCAAGAGCUACUUUUGAAGAAUUCAUGGGCACAUGGGGAAUGUUGAAAGGUAGCAGCAGCAGUACAGGCAUGGCAGCAACCCCAUCCCCACCACCCAUCCCAAAACCCCCUAAGAAGCGAUAUACCCAAGGUGAACAUCAUCACCAUCACCAUGUUCACCAUCACCACCACCAUCAUCACCUUCUGAAGCAGACACCACAAUUAUCACCAGAGCUGGUGCCUGAAAAAUCACUGCCCUCUCACACAGAGGAGGUGACACGGCAACGAGCUUGCUCAGCUCUCCUUGAGUUAGCUGGGUUGUGUUCAACGGACUGGAAGACUCCAAGGCUCCAGCUAAGAAAUCAUUUGGAUCAAGACAAGGAUGAAGCUGUUAGCAGAGGGAAGAGCCUGACAUUCUCUCCCUUCACUCGAAUUCGUAGUCAUGUUGCAUCUAAAUUGGAAGCCUUCAAGAAUGCCCAGGAAAAGAAGGAAUUGGAGAAUGAUCAGCCAUUGAAUCUCUCAACGGAGCAGACUUUCAAGACAUCCCAACAGCAGCUCAUCAAUCAUGUCAUCGAGAAGCUCUGCUCAGAACCUCUUACAGACGGCAGUGAUGCUGUGUCCAGUUCCUUUUCCUUCUUUAGGACAGAAUUUUUCCGGAAUAAGGAAUCCUCUCCGAGUAGUAGCAGCAGUAGUGGUCAAAGUGGUGGCUGCAGCCUCUCCCCAUCGAAUCUUUUCUCUGGUGUGACUCGAAUGGAGGCACAGAGUACUCACUGUUCUGAUCAGAACUCAGAUUCUGGAAUCAGUGAGACAUGUGGGGAACAUGAAGAUGGCCAAGGGAGUGAGGACACAUUUGUGCGUUCCCGGUCUUUGUCUGGUGUGAGAAAUCGCACCCCAAGUGGGAUGGACCACUCUCCUCGUCCUGAAUCUUCCACAACUUUGCGUCCAUCUGACAGUGAACCCAAACACGGGAGGACUAUCAAAGGGAAUCGAGGGAAAGAUCAGGUGAAGGAGGAGAAACCCACCAAACUCAAGGAUUGCAUAAAGGUUUCACACUCAAGUGAGAGUCCAACAUCGACAACUUCCUUUGAAAUGCCAUCAUCAAGCACCAAAUGCUCUGACAUGGAGUCACACGAGAGACCUUCUUCUUCUGCUGGCACUAGGAGUUCUUCCAAAAGAAGCAGUGCAGAGGACGAAGGGCCAAAGAAACGUGGCAGAAGAAGAGCUGCCGAAGAAUGUUCAAAUUCUUCACCUUUCUCAGUCCCAUCAACUAUGACCAGAAAUUCCAGCCUCUCUAAAAAAUCUGGUGAGAACACAGUGCAUUCCACGCAUGAUUCUUUUGGCAAGAAGCGUCGCAAGACAGCACAUACUACAGUUUCUGAUGGUGGUCCCUGCCUUGGGGAAGAGGCCUUGGCGUCUGGACUAACAAGCAUUGCUGAGGCAUCCCUUGGCAAGGGACGACGACACACAGCAACAUCUUCAUGAUGCACUCCUGCAUCUCUCCCCCGAGUGAUUGUGGAUCCUUCCCGGUCGAAUGCAGAGAAACCAAUGUUACCAUGAUGCUCUGGUCCAUCUUCAUCAUCUCUCUAUCCCCAUCACUCAAGAAUGCUUGAAAGGGAGAAAUCUCAACUCAAAAAGAUAAUCUCCCUUUUUUGUGUGCCUUCCAGGCCAAGAGAGAGAAGGAAGGGGAACCUUCUUUUUGCCUGUGAUAGAAGUUGCUUCUCAAGGAUCAAACCAUGAGUAGUUUUCAUGUGUUCUCUCUUUUGCACUGCCACAAUCUACCGGUUGUCUUUGCAUUUCCCCAGCUGACAAGAAUUUUAAUUUCUUUUGGGUAAUGUUUAAACUGAUCAGAAAUCAUGUACUGCCACAAGCCUGGAAACAUUGGAAAAUGGGGAAUUGAAGGUAUAGGAUUUCUAAGGAAAUGUGAAGUGAUAGUGAAACCUGAAGUGAGGCCUCUAUCUUGCUUCAAAAAGUUUUGAAGUGUGUUUCUCAGUUGCACGAAUUUUUAUCUCUGGUGCAUGUUAGCCUGAUCUUUCUCUGUUGUGUUGUUGUCCGUUGUUGUUUCAUGAGCACCAGUACCCUGUUUCAAUUGUUGCUCCCUCUCCUUCCUGGAAAUGGGCCCCCUAAUAAAGGGAAAGAGA